ACUGCACUCUUUAUGUGGGUUUGUAUAAAAAAAAUAAGAAAAUUAAGCUGAAGAAAAAUUAGAAAAAAUAAAAGAAAAAAAGAAGAGCAUUCCGUCUAUACAUACAGAAUACGUACAACGGGAAUACAGAAUACCACCGAUCACUGAAGAGUUUUCAUCCGCUUGAUAGAAAAUGGCUCGAUUGAUUCAUCACUCGAAGCUCGCCAUAUCCAGAUUCUCUAUAUCCGCCUCGAGAAAUGGACGAUUUCUUUCAACUAGUUCGGAUAAAUCCAACGGACCUAUCGGUUCUGCUAAAGCUGGUAUUGUUGAGGAAGCAGAGACUGUACAGCUUCCUCCCCCUCCAACAGAGAAGUUGCUUGUGAUUGGCGGAAAUGGAUUUGUCGGCUCUCAUAUCUGCAAAGAAGCUUUGAAUCGCGGUUUGACUGUUGCUAGCCUCAGCAGAUCGGGUAGAUCCUCCAUUCAAGAAUCUUGGGCUAACAGUGUGAUGUGGCAUCAAGGCAACCUGUUCUCGACUGAUUCAUGGAAGGAUGCACUGAAAGGAGUAACUUCGAUCAUUUCUUGUGUUGGUGGUUUUGGUUCCAACUCAGAAAUGUACAAAAUUAAUGGGACCGCAAAUAUUAACGCUAUUAGGGCUGCUUCAGAUGAAGGAGUUAAGAGGUUUGUGUACAUCUCUGCUGCUGACUUUGGGGUGGUAAAUUACCUGCUACAAGGAUACUAUGAGGGGAAGAGAGCCGCUGAGACAGAGUUACUCACUAAGUAUGCGUAUGGAGGAGUGAUUCUGAGGCCUGGUUUCAUAUAUGGAACUCGUCGUGUUGGGAGCAUGAAAUUACCACUUGGCGUGAUUGGCUCUCCUUUGGAGAUGGUGCUGCAGCAUGCUAAGCCACUGAGCCAGAUCCCGCUAGUGGGGCCACUAUUAACCCCUCCUGUUAAUGUUAAUGCUGUUGCUAGAGUUGCUGUAAGAGCGGCAAGCGAUCCCGUUUUUCCACCUGGCAUUGUCGAUGUUUAUGGGAUUUUACGGUAUAGUCAGCAGAAAUAAAAGCGUUGAAUUUUUCUCGUCUUUAGCCAUACAUUUGUAGAGCCUGGUUCUUGCUGGAGGCCUGAUUAAUAAUUACAAUAAUUCGGUUUGUGUCGUUUGGUUCAGUGAUCGAUGUAAUAAGAAAGAUGUCCACUGCGAGUUUUAUACGCCCAUAUAUAAGCGAGUGUUUUUUUUAUAU